AUGGCCGUCGGCUUCAAACGACCCAAUUUCCUCAUUAUCGUCGCUGAUGAUCUUGGAUUCAGUGAUAUCGCGCCUUACGGAGGAGAAAUUGAUACUCCUGCGCUCUGGAGACUUGCCAAAGAGGGUAUUCGAAUGACCAAUUUUCAUACUGCUUCGGCAUGUUCACCCACAAGAGCCAUGUUGUUCUCCGGCACCGACAACCAUAUUGCGGGGCUGGGUCAGAUGGCAGAGCAUAUGAGAGCGUUUGGUGAUUACUUCAACGACAAGCCCGGCUACGAGGGAUAUCUGAACUGGCGAGUGGCAGCGCUUUCGGAAAUUCUGGAGGACCACGAAUACCAUACAAUCAUGUCCGGCAAAUGGCAUCUGGGUUUGCCAAAGGACCUCGCUCCAUGCUCUCGCGGCUUCAAGAAAAACUUCAGUUUCCUACCGGGAGCAGGUAAUCAUCAUGGAUACGAGCCCCAGCUGGACGAUGGAGAGAUUAAAAUCCCGUGCCUCAACACCGACGGUCAUUGGAUGGAGGGAAAUCAAUUCAUUGAUCGGAAAACUGGUCUUCCCGAUGAAUUUUACUCGACAAAAUCCUUCACCGACAAGCUGCUCGACUUCCUGGAGCAUAGGACAGGCAAGGAAAAAGAAGAACCCUUUUUUGCGUAUUUGCCCUUUACGGCACCCCACUGGCCGUUACAAGCUCCAAAACAAAUUGUCAAGAAAUACGCCGGAAAAUACGAUAAUGGUCCUGAUGCCUUAACUCGGACAAGGCUGAGUCGUCUUAUCGAGCUUGGUCUGAUCGAAGAAGGUACAGAGCACGCCCCGCCAGUUGGUGCUCUCGGAAAGGAGUGGAAAGACAUGACGGCAGAAGAGCAAAGGAUUUCUGCCCGUAAAAUGGAAGUAUUUGCGGCCAUGGUGGACAUCAUCGACACGAAUAUUGGUCGAGUCGUUGACUAUCUCGAACGCACGAACGAACUCGACCACACAUUCAUUCUCUUCAUGUCGGACAACGGGGCGGAAGGUGUUGCUCUGGAAGCGCUCCCGAUGAUGGGAGGCCCGCAAACGAUGGGUAGUAUUAUUGAAAAGUACUAUGACAAUAGUUUCGAGAAUAUUGGCGAAGCCAAUUCAUUUGUGUGGUACGGGCCUCGUUGGGCUUGUGCUGCAACAGCGCCAUCAAGAGGAUCGAAAUGUUGGAUCACAGAAGGCGGGAUUAGGUGUCCUUGCCUUAUUCGAUACCCUCCAUUCAAGAACGCGCCAAAUGCCAUAACCCAUUCAUUCACCACGGUAAUGGACAUCUUGCCCACGAUCCUCGACCUGGCCGGCGUGUCUCAUCCCGGUACGAGCUUCCGGGGUCGAACCGUUGCCACUCCUCGAGGUCGGUCUUGGGUCCCCCAUUUAUCUUCAAGUGACUAUAAAGCCAGUACUGUCCAUGGUGAAGAUGUACAUGUACAUGGCUGGGAACUGUUUGGACAAAGGGCAAUCAGAGAAGGAAAAUACAAGGCAGUAUGGAUCAACAGUCCUCGGGGCAAGGAUGAUUGGGAGCUUUACGAUAUGGACAAGGACCCGGCGGAGCUCCAUGACCUUUCUCAAUCAGAGCCAGCCAUUUUAAAGCGAUUAGUCGAUCAUUGGGAAGUGUAUUUUGCUGAGACUGGGGCUCAAGCCUCAGGGCAAGCGGGAGCUUUCGGGGCGGCGAAGGCGAAAAGAGUCACUAGUCCGGUGCAAAGCCGCUCCGCUCUUCCCGUCAACGUUAAGGCCAUGCCUGAUUUCCCAGAGCCCCCAGUCGCAAAUCUGUUCGUCCUGCUACCAUCCUACUUCAAUUCUUUGACCUAUGCAUCAUUAUCCAGGCUGACGAGGCCAUACUCAUCGACACCGUCCAUAAAGACGGCACCAAGUCCGCCAGCACCCUGGCCCCACGAUUUCAAGAAGAAUCUCACCGGAGUUAAUGGCCCGGUGGGUGUCUCGGAACAGCCAUAUGAAUUCCGCGCAGUCGAGGCUGCGCUGGUGGCUGUUCUGUCGAGUCCUCGAAAUGAGCUCAUCGAAGCCAGAAAAGAAGCCGAGCAUAGCGCAAGCCAGCUCAAACUGGAAUCCGGUUUUGCCGCCGUUGGCCUGGACCUGUUGUUCGAGCGGUCGCGGAGACUGUCCAAGAUCGAGCAAAAGGCCCGCUUAGUGCGUGAUGCUAUUCGCGAAGUUCUUGACACCGACGAAGAUCUUGCGGCAAUGUACCUAACCGAUAGCCUCGCUGGGAAGCCCCACGCCGUCAGCGAUCACCAGGAGGCCGAAUACAUGCUUGAAGCCUACCACAAGACGGCCGAUGCAUUAGUUGAAUCGGCUUCCGCCGCCAUCGGUGUCACUCGAAAGAAGGAAAAUACUUUUCGUGCGGCACUUGCAGUGCAGCGGAAUCAAAUCAUGUUCUUGGAGGCAAGACUUGCUAUACACACGCUCGGAUUGGCGGCCGGAACAUUGGUCGCUGGGUUGUUCGGGACGAACCUCGUCAAUUAUGUUGAGGAAGCUCCAUGGGGUUUCGCGGUAGUGACGGGCGCAAGCGUCAUUUUGAGCACGUUGUUCUCGCUUUAUGGGACACGGAGACUGAGGAAGAUACAGACGCUGCGGGAGAUUCUAGGCAAGAAUAAUACUGGGGAAAGAUGA